GUUUUUGUUCUCUUUGGAGCAGCGGCAGCAUCAGACGAGGGAACAACCUAAAGAUGGAAGAAUUUGAAGAAAGUGAUGCUCCUUCUGCUGAGGAUCUGUCUCAAUGCAACACCUGCAAAAGAUGGUUCUUCCCCAAAGUCCUGGAGAAGCAUUCUAAAAUUUGCCAGAAGUCGACAGUUAAAAGAAGAAAGGUGUUUGACUCAAGCAGACAGAGAGCUGAGGGAACUGACAUCUCCACGCUAAAACCUAUCAAACCAAAGUCUCAAAGCUCAGCAGCCUCAGAGAAAGCAGAGCCCCCGAAGAAGUCGUCCAACUGGCGCAAGAAGCACGAGGACUUCAUCGCCACCAUCCGCGCUGCCAAGGUCCUCACUCAGGUCAUAAAGGAAGGGGGACCUCUACCCCCACCUCCGCCCCCCACCUAUGAUCCAGAUUACAUCCAGUGCCCUUACUGUCAGCGGAGGUUCAACGAGAGCGCAGCUGACAGACACAUCAAGUUCUGCCAGGAGCAGACGGCCCGCAUGCCCAACAAAAACAAGCUCGGCAAUGCCAAGAGGCCUCCUGGCCGCGCACAGUACAAGCCUCCUGCCCCAGUGAAGAAGACCAACUCUCCUGCUGCGUCGACCGUCUCAUCAGCGACGUCUCAUUUACCUCAGAGGGGACCGUCCACUGGAUACUCCUCCGGUAAGGUGUCCAUGGCAGGUUCAGUCAGGAGUAAUCCCACCGGCCUCGCCAGCCCACCAUCAGGUGUGGGGGGUAAGGCCCGAGUCGUGAGCUCCGGCUACGGAAGCAUGAAGGCCUCUCAGGCUGGAGCAGGAGCCCACAAGAAGAAGGUGGACCCCCACAUAUCCAGGAAUGAUGUCGACGGCGGAACGGAAGUUGGCGACGGCGGAACGAAGAGCAGGUUCUGUCACGCCUGCGGCACCAAGUACCCCGUCGAAUCCGCCAAGUUCUGCUGCGAAUGCGGGGUCAGGAGGAUGUGCAUCUGAUGGUGGGGGGGUCAGGGGGAGUAGAGGAAAGCAGGGAUGUGCCACGUCGGAAAAUCUCACCAAAGCAGAUAAAACACAAAAGACGAACAUCGUUUCCAGGUUUUGUUUCAAACCUGGAUCUAGUUUUCUGGCAGUUGAGCUUCAGCUGGAUUAUUUUCCGACGAAGGGUUAAUGCAUAUUCUCCUGGGCGGGUUAUAUUUUAAACUCCGAAUGGUUGUUUUGGUUGACGCUGGCUGAUGAUGCGG